AUGAAGUUCUCACGCAUUGCUGCUUUACUUGCCUUAGCGACCGCCGCCACAGCUCAGACUUUCGCCAAAUUCACGGAUGAGAGUGGCAUCCAGUUCUGGCAAGCUACCGUCGACACAGGCGUUGGCGAAGGUAGCUCACAAUGGGGCAUGGCGCUUCCUGGCGCUGAUCAGAGUGUCGGGUCGGACGAGUACAUCGGUCGCUUUGCUGUCACGAAUCCAGAGAGCGGGACUUGGUUCGGUAUCAGCCAUACCAGUGGCAUGACUAACUCGCUCAUCCUCCUUACCUGGGUCAACGAAGGCGAAGUCAUGACUUCCUUCCGCUACGCCGAUGGAUACGUCUCACCUGAUGUCUACACUGGAAACGCGACGCUCUCCGUCAUUAACUCGAACGUCAACGACACGCACUACUCUCUGACCUACCGCUGCAAGGACUGCUGGAGGUGGGAGCAGGACGGCGUUUCCAGUGCACAACUCCCAGCCACGACUUCGAACGCUGCUCAACUUAUCGGGUGGGCGCAGGCUACUCAGGCGCCUACCAAUCCUGAUGAGGAGGAUUCGGGACUUCAGCAGCAUGCUACGGAGGGGAUAUUUGCAGCUACGGUUGGGUCUGCUCGGAAUACGGCGUAUACUGAGUGGACGGCUUUGGCGACCGCAACGGCGAGUGUGCCUUUUCCAGCAGGCAAUAGUACGGCUACUGCAGGUGUCACGGGUACUGGUACAGGCUCAGCUGUUUCGGCGACGGCGACUUCGACAGCGGCGGCCUGUGCUUCGAACAGCACCAUCACCGCCCAAACAUGGGACUACAUCGUGGUUGGUGCUGGCGCAGGCGGUAUCCCCCUCGCAGACAAGCUAUCUGCCUCAGGCGCCAGCGUCUUGCUCCUCGAAAAAGGCCCUCCAUCCUCCGGUCGCUGGGGUGGAAGCAUGAAACCAAGCUGGCUUGACAACACAAAUCUCACCCGCUUCGACGUACCCGGCUUAGACAACGAAAUCUGGCAAGACUCCGAAGGCAUCGCAUGCACAGACGUCGGCGUCAUGGCAGGCUGUGUGCUCGGCGGCGGCACAGCUGUCAAUGCUGGACUGUGGUGGAAGGCCAACCCAACCGAUUUCGACUACAACUUCCCCGAAGGUUGGAAGGCAUCGGAUAUGGCGCCCGCGAUCGAGAGGACGUUUGAGAGGAUCCCGUUCACGGAAUGUCCGUCGACGGAUGAUGUGAUUUACAAGCCGCAGGGGUAUGAAGUUGUUGCUGGGGCUUUGGCCGCGAAUGGGUGGAAGAAUGUCACGGCGGAUGAUGUGCCUGCUGAGAAGAACUUUACGUUUUCGAGGCCGAAUCAUAUGUUCAGUCAUGGGGAGCGAGGAGGGCCGAUGGCGACGUAUCUUGUCAGUGCCUCUGAGAGGAGCAACUUCAAGCUGGCGAUGAACACCGCCGUGAACCGUGUUGUUCGAGACGGAAGCCAUAUCACAGGCGUCGAAGUCGAAGCUUUCCUCGAAGGCGGACUCUGUGGAACGAUUAACGUCACGCCAGACACGGGCAAAGUCAUCCUCAGCGCCGGGGCCUUUGGAUCACCCAAGAUCCUCAUGCGCUCAGGCAUCGGUCCCCAAGACCAGCUGGAGAUCGUCCAAAGCGGCGAAAGCAGCAAGAUGAUCAACAGCUCGCAAUGGAUCAACCUCCCUGUCGGCCACAACCUCGAUGACCACACCAAUACCGAUAUCGUGAUCACGCAUCCGAAUGUGUCGUUUUACGACUUCUACGCCGCUUACGAUUCACCCAUCGCUGGGGACAAGAAUCUGUAUCUCGACAGUCGCAGCGGGAUCCUCGCACAGUCCGCUCCUAACCUCGCUGCUGUCUUCUGGCAGGAGAUCGAAGGCGCUGAUGGUAUCACUCGUCAGCUUCAAUACACGGCUCGUGUCGAAAGCAGCCACGACAUCGACAGCGAGAAAGCCAUGUCCAUCUCUCAAUACCUCGGUCGAGGAUCUGUUGGUCGCGGUCGUGCGACCAUCACCAAAGGCUUGAACAUGGUCGUUUCGGAAGUUCCCUACCUUCAAGAUGAAAACGACGUCGCAGCCGUCGCAGCAGGCAUUGAAUCGUUGAAGAAAGCCCUUGCUGCCGAUCCUUCCAUCCAGAUCGUCUACCCUCCCUCGAACCAGACGACAGAUGCUUUCCUUUCGUCAUACCCGCUCACCACGUCCUCAAGAUCUGCAAACCACUGGAUUGGAACUUGUAAGAUGGGUUUGGACUCCGGGCUCGAGAACAACGGGACAGCGGUCGUGGAUACCAACACGCAAGUCUACGAGACCGACAACCUCUUCGUCGUCGAUGCCUCCGUCUUUCCUGGUAUGGUGUCGACGAACCCUAGCGCCUUGAUCGUCGCCGUGGCAGAGCAUGCUUCGGAGAAGAUUCUGGGAUUGAGCAAUACUGGGAAGCAGACUGGCAGUGGCGUGAAGGCUUCUGCGAGUGGUCUGCCAAUUGUGCCUGGCAAUGGUACUACCGUAGGACCUACUGGAACAGCGACUGGCUCUGCAUAUCCCACUGCUUCGUCUGGGGCUUCCAGCGCUUCUGGAGAGGCGGAUGAGUAUGACCAGUGCGGCGGCCUUGGAUUCACUGGUCCCACGAAGUGUACAAGCGGGUUGGUUUGCAAGAAGGUCAACCCCUACUAUGCGCAGUGCGUUGAGCCGACUGUGGAGCAUGUCCUUUAG